GGCGAAGCCACCCUUUGUUCCACCGCGACGACGUUCGCCAUGUCCUCCAACUUACCCCUAAACAUGCACGGUAGGACUCAGCUUCCCCAAAUUCACCCAAUACCUCAACAUAAUCGUCCCCAUUGUCCCCAACCUUUAUCUCAAGGUUAUUCAUCUUUUCAUCGUCAACUCCCAAGACCUCAUCCCGUUCCCACCCAUCCUCAAGUCAAUCCCGUUCAGACAGUAUCCGAAUUGCCACCAUGCUCACAGCCCAUAAGCGCAGAACACCUAUCAUCGUACAUCGUGAAUGCUAUCACACAGGUUCUCAGCCAGCACCAGCACCAGACCAAGGAGCGUAUGCAGACUAUCGAGACUUCUUUUCAGAGUCAACUUGCACCAAUUUCCAAAUCUAUAGAAGAUUUUAGGAAGAAAGUGGAGGCAAAUAAUAACGACCUAGCUCAACUACUCAAGAAAUCCAAUGAUGUCCACCAACGUGCAAUUCAAACGGUUGCUAACCGAAUCAUGGAUUUGGAGAGGCUCGUCGGCGGUUGCGGCGAAGGAAAGCAAGCAGGCUACGGUGAUUCAAAGACCAUUCUAGAGAGACUGGACGCCAUUAGCUUCGCUGUUGAAGACCUGCUCGAGAGAGCUCAAGACCCUCAGGCAAACAAAGAGCCUACUCUAUUGCACGACAGUUCGACCGAUCAGAUCCCGCAGGGCAUACUGCGUCGCGACCUGGCCACAAGCCCAAUUCCAGAACUGGUACAGGAAGUUGAGAAAUCCAGAUCCUCAGUCUGUUACCACGAAAGGGGUACAAGCCCUAUCAACACUGGUCAGACACUCUGCUCGCUUUCGCCCGUUGACUGGAACUUAGGCAAAAGAUAUCCUGAUCCGAUCCUACUUCCGCCAUCCCCUGUAUCUGACGAGCUGUGUCGGGUGAUUGGAUCACCGACUCCCGCACUUGUGGACGGCCAUGAUGGCGGGCUGGAUGACGAGAACCACAACGAUUCUCGCAAACAAGGAGUGGAAGAUUGUCACAGCCGCCCCUCAGCCCCUGAAUCACCCGGCUACAUCGAUACUGAAGAUACUUUGUUUGAUUUCGAGCCUACUGCAAUCUCUACUCCUGCUCGCACACACUCUCCACAGUCUGUGCCGCAAGCGAUCUCGCCCGCUCAUGACGAUGAUUUUGUUAUUUCUUCGUCACGCUCCCCCUCACUUUAUCCAUCCCUUCACGACCCAACUCAGUCAGUGACACCCGUUUUGCAACCUACGCUCGACGUGCGAUCUCCAGAGGCUGUCGUGGACAUCGAUGAUUUUGACGAGCAGUCAGUGGAACAGAUGGUCACCGCAUCGACACCAUCGAUGACGAACAUUGCAACCACAAGGGAAGUCAAGAUAGAGCUGCAGAAGGAAGACAGUGAGGAUAUAGAAAUGUCGGACUUGAGUUCCUUGAGUUCUUUAGAAACGAGCGUGGGCGACGAUUAUUCUGAGGACAGGGAGCUAAGUGAACAACUGCCACCGAAAAAGAGGCGGACGUUGGCUAAGGAAAGCUCCUUCACCAAAAAAGGGAGAACGUCGGCAACAUCCUCCCCAUCGAAGCGUAGCAGCCGUAACAUGAAGAGUCUAGGCAACAAUCAAAAAUCGUUGUCGCGCAAACGACGCUCCGAUGUCGGGAAACCCAGGAAAAAACGCAUUAAAUGGCCACAAAAGAUCGUUGACGACAGCGAAGGAUCACACAAUCGCUUCAUCCAAUGCGAUAAAUGUCACAUGUGGUUCCACUGGGGCUGCGUGGGUCUAGAAUCCGACGACCCCAUACUUCUUGACGAGAAACAGGAAUUCGCUUGUCCUGCUUGUCUUACCGGGAGGUGGGUGCAUUCAGUAGGAUUUCUUGGUAAUUCUAAUUAA